ACUAAAAACUCGCUGGUUUUUAUUUUUUAAACGGCGCAAAAUCCAGAAGAAAUUGUAGUGGCUGAGAUUGCUCCGACGCCCAAAACUGUAACUUCCGGUGCGUUAGGUCUCUCAUACAGAAGAAAAAGGAAACAGACAACAAAAACAAUACUCUCUGCUACUACUUCCACCCUCUCUGUUUAUUCAUUCCUCUUCUUCAGAUUCUUCUUACUUUUUCCUUCAAUUCACCUUCUUAAUCUCUACAAACCAUGGGUUUUCUGCUGAGUUUCUAGUGAUUUCACUCUCAUGCAUGAUCGGACUAUCCACUGUUCCCUUCCGAAUUACCUCCAACCAUGGCUUUCUUCCAAGGUUUUGGCGUCUUCCAGUUCGUUUUGGUGAGGAUUCUGAAUAAGGAAUUUUCAUUUUAAGUUCUUUUUCGGCGAAGUAUCUCUAUCUUGUUACGGUGGCUUCUGAAAAUAUUUUCUAUGAAGUUUUAUUUUGAUGUUUCCUACUAUAUUAAAAUUUUACAUAAUAUAAGUCUACUGAUGCAGUUAAAUUCGAAACUCUUAAUUUUGUUUACUUGAAAAAGAGACGGAUCGCUUCCGAUUGCUGUCGCUUUUUUUCUAUUUUGCAGUAGCGUCAAGGAGCCCGGUGACAAAAGAAACAACGGCUUCACCAUUUAUAAUUUUUUGUAUCCCUAACAAUGAAAGGAGGUUUUCUUUUUACCCUUGCUCGUUAGAGAGGAUUUGAAGCAGCGGUUGCUGCUCAGGUCCUUCGAUGGAACCCAACUCCUCAGGAGAAGACUUGGUUUUUAAGACCAGGAAGCCAUAUACUAUUACAAAGCAACGAGAGCGCUGGACGGAGGAGGAGCACAAUCGAUUUUUAGAGGCGCUGAAGCUCUAUGGGCGAGCAUGGCAGAGAAUUGAAGAGCAUAUUGGAACCAAAACUGCAGUCCAGAUACGAAGUCAUGCACAGAAGUUCUUUUCAAAGUUGGAAAAGGAAGCACUCAUUAAGGGAAUUCCUGUAGGACAAACUCUUGAUAUAGAUAUUCCACCACCUCGGCCGAAGAGGAAACCGAGUAAUCCUUACCCAAGGAAAACUCCUAUAUCAAAGUUGGGUGCAAAUGACGGGAAGCUCUUGACUUUGGUGUCUUCUUCACAGAGCAAACAAAUCUUAGAUUUGGAGAAAGAGCCACUGAAUGAGGCCACUAGUGGAGAAGAACAAGCAACUAGCGAAAUGGAUACUCAUGACGAUAAUUGCUCAGAAGUAUUUACCCUUUCACGAGAAGCUAACUUCUUUUCUUGGAAAAACAAAAAUUCUGUACCUGCGCAAGUUAAACUGAACCUGAACGACUUAUGUGCUUUCAGGGAGUUUGUGCCUUCAUUUAAAGAGCUUGAUGCAAAACAGCCACUCCAUGAUAAAGGCAGGGGCAAGGUUUCAGAAUUUGAGAUUGCAAGUGCUUCACAAGAAAAAAUUGUGUCUGCUGAAAAGAAAGAAGCUUUAAGCUGCGUACUGUCUGGAGAUGAAAUGCAAGUUGCUCAUAACUAUCCAAGGCAUGUGCCUGUGCAUGUGGUCGAUGGAAGCUUGGGAGCAAAUGUUCAAGAGUCUGUAACAGACACUCCGCUGCAGGAAUCCUCUUUUAAUCCAGCAAUGGAGGUUCCAGGAGAGCAUAACAUACAUCGGAAUCCAUCUGAUUCUGUUUCCUUCGAACGUCAAAACAAUGCACCUAGGUGCAUUUAUCAAUCGUAUCCAACUGUUCAUCCCUCUCCAUUUACCUUACUUCCCCCUAACCAAGAAAAUUAUAAGUCACUUCUCCAUAUGUCCUCCUCAUUUUCAAAUCUCGUUGUGUCUACCCUUCAACAAAACCCUGCAGCCCAUGCAAUAGCAAGUUUGACAGCAACAUGUUGGCCCUAUGUGAAUCCUGAAGCUUCUGUAGAUUCUCCCAUGUGUGAUAAGGAAAGUUUUAGAACCAAGCAAAUGAACUCCACCCCAAGUAUGGAAGCCAUUGCUACAGCAACUGUAGCAGCUGCAACUGCAUGGUGGACGGCCCAUGGACUGCUACCUUUAUGUGCCCCUUUUCAUUCUGCCUUUACCAGUUCUGCUAUAUCUGCUCCUGUGGCACAACCAUCAGAUACCUGUCCAAAUCCCGAGUCCAAGGACAAAGCAGAAAGUUCCAUGCAAAUUGAUGCAGAACAAUCAGAAGCUUUAACUGCUCAACAUUCAGGUUCCAAGUCACCUACUCAUUCAUCAUCUGAUUCUGAGGGUAGUGGAGGUGCAAAUGCAAAUGCAAAUGCUACGGUGAAACCUGCCCAUGACGAGAAGACACCUGCUGAGGAUGAGUUUCAUGAUUCAAACAAGGGAAAGAGGGGAAAACAAGUAGAUCGCUCCUCAUGUGGUUCCAAUACACCAUCUGGAAGUGAUCAAGAGAUAGAUGCCACAGAAAAUAAUGAUAAAGAAGAAAAGGAGGAAAAAGAGCUUGAGAUGACUUGUCCAGCUUCCGAGUCCAGUAAUCGUCGCAGUAGAUGCAUCAGUAACAUAAAUGAAUCUUGGAAGGAGGUUUCUGAUGAGGGGCGGUUGGCUUUUCAAGCUCUCUUCACUCGUGACAUAUUGCCUCAAAGCUUUUCACCUUCAUAUGAUGUAGAAAACGAGAAUGAGAAGAAUGGGAAUGUUGAGAAAGAUAGUAACAUUAUAGAUAAAGAUAGUUGUGCAUCCGUUAUGGACCUUAACAGCAAGAUUUGUGGACCUUCUAGAGAUCAAGUUAUGGAGAGAUACACAUCGGCAACAGGUGACAACAAUGGAGAGGGAAAAAUUCUCACAAUUGGACAAGGAAAUGGAACCCCCAAGGGUUGUCGAACAGGAUUCAAACCUUAUAAAAGAUGUUCAGUGGAGGCAAAGGAAAAGAGAAUGACAACAUCCAGCAACCACAGUGAGGAGGGAGAUCAAAAAAGACUACGCCUGGAGCAGAAAGCCACAAAUUGACAGUUGAUUGGCAUGCAAACGAGCAAAGGAAACCUUUGUCUGCUGCAUGUAUAUCUAACCUUCCUCGUGAAUCUAUCUUUCCCACUUUAAUUCUUCGCGUGUGUACUAUAAAAUGCCUACAUUAUGUGAUUGGUACAUUCGAACUUAUACAUCUGAACUGAAGAUUACCUAAAUUAGCCUUUUUGUAAGAAUUGUUCAGUACCCCAGUAGCCAUUAUCCUGUUACCUCUUCCAAGACUUUAGUUUCUUAAUGAAGAUGGUCUAAGUUUAGCAUUCUAAUGCAUGUUCCAGUAUCUAGGAACCUAAAGUGUCAGAUUUAUUAAUCGUGUAGAAACUACUGAAGUAAUGAAGACAUUCCCUUGGCUGCUGAUGAUAAUAAUACCUUGCUAUCUUUCAUUCC